GCGGGGCUAGCAGUGCUCCAGGGACCUCUGGACCCGCGCGGCGCUGGACUGCCAGGCCACCGCCUCUGCGCUGUCCCGUGGGCUGGGCAUGGGCGCGGGCGCUGGCGCGGCACGAUGAGCACCGGGGGCAGCCCGGUCCGCGCCUACGACUUUCUGCUCAAAUUCCUGCUGGUGGGCGACAGCGACGUGGGCAAAGGCGAGAUCCUGGCGAGCCUGCAGGACGGUGCGGCCGAGUCCCCGUACGGCCACCCCGCGGGCAUUGACUACAAGACCACCACCAUCCUGCUGGACGGCCGGCGGGUGAAGCUGCAGCUCUGGGACACAUCGGGUCAGGGAAGAUUUUGUACCAUAUUCCGCUCUUACUCUCGUGGCGCACAGGGUGUGAUCCUGGUGUACGACAUCGCAAACCGCUGGUCCUUUGAUGGCAUCGACCGGUGGAUUAAGGAGAUCAAUGAGCAUGCCCCGGGGGUCCCUAAGAUCCUGGUGGGGAACCGCCUGCACCUGGCCUUCAAGCGGCAGGUCCCCACAGAGCAGGCCCAGGCCUACGCGGAGCGCCUGGGUGUGACGUUCUUCGAGGUCAGCCCGCUGUGCAAUUUCAACAUCACUGAGUCCUUCAUGGAGCUGGCCAGGAUCGUGCUGCUGCGGCACGGGAUGGACCGGCUCUGGAGGCCGAGCAAGGUACUGAGCUUGCAGGACCUGUGCUGCAGGGCGGUGGUGUCCUGCACGCCUGUGCACUUGGUGGACAGGCUGCCGCUGCCCACGGCCCUCAGGGGCCACCUCAAGUCCUUCUCGAUGGCCACCGGCCUGAAUGCCAGGAUGCUGCAUGGCCGCCCCUGCUCCCUUGCCACCAGCUCCGGCCACAAGAGGACCAGCCUCCGAAAAGCAAAGGGCACCCACCUCCCCCAGAGCCCCCCCAGACGCUGCUCCAGAAACAACUGCAAAGUCUCUUGAGGAGGGUACAAGGCAGAGGAGGGGCACAGAUGGGACGGGGAGGCCGUUCUGGAUCCAGACGCCCGCCAGUGUCGUGGUGACCACGUGGCCCCAAGCAAUGAAACUGAGGCUGGUACCCUGCUUACCAGAUACUUCUGCAUGGAUGGGCAUGGGCUCUUAUUUCAGACAUGUGUUUAUAAAGGGAAGAACUCUGGAUAACAUGGAAUUUUGAAUGUAACGUAUCAUGAUUGCAGUGCAACUUUUUUCUUAAAGUAACUACUUUUUAUAAGAAUGGUGAUAUGUUUGUGAUGAGUAUAAAUUCUAGGGACUACAAAAAGUGGGAAUGGAGAGAGAAGUUAAGAAUUUUCGACACUAUGAGGGGUCUUUUUAUAAACCUCCUUUUUAAGGUCAAAGCACUAAUUUAUAAGACACCAUAGAUAAGUUAGAGAUUACGCACAGCCAAUCUGUCCAGCUUGUGUAUGAAACGGAUUUGAUCAAGUUUUUGCUACGUUAUUUACUACGUUUUAGGAUAAGUGAUUUAUAUGCAUAUUUUCUGUAAAUCUACAUUUUUUUGUACAAAUGUUUUACGAGUUACGACGCUAAGGGAAGAAAAUGCCAAAGAUAUUUCUAGUUACAGUGAAUACACUGCAGCACGGUUACACCAAGUCCAGAUUGGCAAGAGAAUGUCACUCAGAGCCGUUUUCAGCUAAGAGUGAAGCGAACACUGUUGUUUAAGAAUCGAUGUUUCUUGACAAUAAAAAGUAUACUUGUUUCUUGGUA